CCAAUAGAAGAAGAAGAAGGUCACGCCAGAAUUUGGGCAGCAUGUGAUAUUUUCCCCCCUCUUUAUUUACCUCAGAUUGCAUUGUUGCUUGUAACAUUGGUUUCUGGGCGAAGAUGACCACUCAGGCUGUACGUCUUUUCCGUAAAAUGGACGGUCUGUUUGCUGUGUACAAACCGCAGGGAGUUCAUUGGAAACAUGUUCGUGACAACAUAGAGUCCAGUUUAUUAAAAGCGCUGAACUCCUGUCCUCCAGCAGCUCCUCAGCUUGCAGUGCACUUCCAGCUUCUGUCCGAUGGAAAGAACAGCAGCUCGAAAGAUCUCGUACCAUCACCUUCUAUGGUCCCCGUACUGGCAGACCAUCCUCUAGUGACAGGGCCACAGUUUCAUAAGGUUCACGUCGGGGUUGGUCAUCGAUUGGAUGCUUUUUCCUCUGGGGUGUUAGUGCUGGGUGUUGGCAAAGGAAAUAGAGUGCUGGAACAUCUGUCCAAAUCACAUGUAACUCGGGACUACACGCUUGAGGGGGAGUUUGGAAAAUCCACUGAUAGUUUCAUGGACACGGGCCGAGUUAUAGAGAAAGCCACAUACGACCAUGUUACUCAGGAUAAGCUUGAGAGAGUUCUUGCCAUGAUACAGGGAGCCAACCAGAAAGCCUUAAUCACGUAUUCUCAGGUGGAUCUGCGCACUCAGGAGGCUUACGAGCUUGCAGUGAGGGGUUUAUUGUAUCCUCAUGGUAAAAGCCCACCGAUUCUGACUGGUCUGCGAUGCAUAAAUUUCAAUCCACCACAUUUCACAUUGGAGGUCCAGUGUGUGAAUGAGACUCAGAAAUAUCUGUGUAAAUUGAUUCACGAAGUAGGACUAGAGCUGCGGACGUCUGCUAUCUGUUCUGGAGUGCGUCGCACACGAGACGGUCCCUUCAAAGUAGAGAACGCACUCACCCGACAACACUGGACUGCUGACAGCAUUAUACAAGCUAUCGCUCACUUUAGCAAGACUACUCGCAAGAUCAGGAAGUCGGGAAUGUACAGGCAGACUGCUGGUCAAUUCAACUCAAGCGCACAGAUCCAAGAGCAAACCAGAAGACAAUCUGAGCAGAUAAAUCAAGAGCACGCUGGACUCUCAAGCUCUACUUCUGAUGCAGUUGGGGACAGAAAGACACCAAGUUAAACAAAUCAUCUGCCUCAAUUAGGAUGAUUUGAUAUCUGAAUUCUGAGACGUAUUUAUCUGUUCGCUGUAAUUUAUCAACUUGUUAUACGAUCAUCAUUGUGCAUCAUUAAAGCUGUUUUAAUAAGUGUCA